AUGGCGUCAAAAUCGGCGGAUAUUCCGAAAAAAGCGAAGAGAAAGUUGGAAAAUGGAAAAAAGAAGCCAAAAGCGGCGCCGAAAGACGAGUUUGGCGAGACUAUCGAAAUGAAGCCAGUGCUUCCGAAGCCGGCUGACGAGUACGACUACGAUUCUUCCGAUGAGGAGGUAUAAUUUUCGAAUUUGUGGGAGAGAUCAUAAAAUUUUCGUUGUAGGAUCUGCGAAACACGAUCGGAAACAUUCCGAUCAAGUGGUACGACGAUGAGGAGCACAUUGGCUACGACAAAUUCGGAGAGAAAAUUGUCAAACCGGUGAAAAAGGGCGAGAUUGAGACGUUUCUGGAGAAAAUGGAGGAUCCAGAUUAUUGGUAAGUAAAAAAUUAGUAAAAAAAAUUGGUAAAAAAUUCGUAUUUCUAGGCGAAAAGUGUUCGACAAGCAGACGGGCACGGAUAUCAAGCUGACCGACGAGCAAAUCGAAAAAAUCCACAAUAUCGCGACAGGAAAGUAUCCGACGAUCGGCUACAAUCCCUACGAGCCGUUCCUCGACAUUUAUUCGUCGCAGAAAGAAAUCCAUCCGAUCGAUAAUCGUCCGGAGCCGAAAGCCCGUUUCAUUCCGUCGAAAGAUGAGAUGCGAAUGGUCUCCCGAAUGGUGCACGCCAUCAGAAUGGGCUGGGCGAAGGGUCCGAAAGAGCAAAAGAAAGAGAAGAAGGUGUACGAUCUGUGGGCUUCCGAAGACGCGCUCGACAACGUCACCAAAUCGCAGCUUUCGAGGAUGCGUGUCCACAUGCCCGCCCCCAAAGUGGCUCUUCCCACCCACGCUGAAUCCUACAACCCGCCCGAGGAGUAUCUUUUCGACGACGACGAGCGCAAAAAGUGGGAAGAGGCCGAAAAAGAGGACCGUGUGCUCAAUUUCAUGCCCUCCAAAUUCGACGCGCUCCGCAAAGUGCCUCAAUACGACAAGUUCAUUACCGAACGAUUCGAACGCUGUCUGGACUUGUAUUUGGCGCCGCGCCAACGAAAAAUGCGAAUUCACGCCGAUCCGACCGAUUUGUUGCCCGAUCUUCCGAAUCCUAACGAUUUGCGUCCGUUCCCUACUACUCUUGCCUUUGUGAGUCCGAAAAUUCGAAAAAUUGGCUUAAAGAUACUCUCAAUUCACUGCCCCCUCGGUGUAUGCGUACUCAAGCCUAAGUUCAGAAAUUUUGGCUUGAGUCUGCAAACACCGAGGGGCAAGAGCGGUGAGAUGAGUUUAGUUGAAAAUCAUUCUGAAGUUUCAUUUCAAAAUCCCCAUAUUUUCAGUACAUGCGCGGUCACACGGGACAAGUGCGCUCGAUUGCGGUUGAGCCGGAACGCGGCGAGCUGCUGGCUUCUGGUGGCGAGGACGGCACCGUCCGUAUUUGGAUGAUCGCCACCGGCCGCUGCAUAAAAACGUUCGAGAUGGGCGGCGAGGUCUCCUCAAUCGCUUUCUGUCCGGUGCCCGACAAAACGCUGCUCGCCGUGGCCUACGAGGGUAAAUACGUCGCGAUCGUGAACACGGGCUGCGGAGAUCGGCUUCACGUCCAGCAAACUGAGGCCCAGCUGGCCGAGGUUCCGACCGAGAGCCAAGAGGAUUCGGCGGUGGUGACGUGGCGGCGAGCCAAGGAUCGUCUCGUGCUGAAGAUGCCGAACGAAGUGCGCCAAGUGACGUGGCACGCGAAGGGCGACUAUUUCGCCAGCGUGGCAAUUGACGACAUCGCAAAGUCGGUGUACGUGCACCAGAUGAGCAAGGCCAAGUCGCAGUGUCCGUUUCAAAAGCGCAAAGGACACGUACAGGCGGUCGCUUUCCAUCCGACACAGGCCCGUCUCUUCGUCGCCACCAAAAUCCACGUCAGAGAGUACGAUCUGGCGCGUUGUGUGCUCGUCAAAAAGCUCAUCACCGGCUGCAAACACAUCUCGUCCGUGGCGACCGACGCCAGCGGAGAAAACCUCUUCUUGGGCGGUCUCGACCGUCGCUUCUGCUGGAUGGACCUUCAGAUGGGCAACAAACCGUGGAAGAAGCUGAAGCAUCACACGGCCGCCAUCCGCUCGGUCGCCUAUCACAAGCGAUUCCCGUUGUUGGCGACGGUGUCCGACGAUGGAACCGCGAUGGUUUAUUAUGCGAGAAUCUAUUCGGACUUUUGCCGGGAUAACGAGCUUUAUCCGGUCAAAGACUCAGAGCACAUGAGAAGGUUCGAAACACUUCAGUUGCGAAUUCUUAGAAAUCCAUUCCCAGUGAUUCUGCGCAAAAUUUGAAGCACUUGCUCUAAAUUUGUCGAAAAUUGCUGGAGAGGCUUUCUAAGGACCAAAGUGCUGUCCAAAUUUUUCAUACUAAUUUUUGCAGACCUCGAACGAUCUGUGCAUGCUCCACACCGUCUGGCAUCCGACUCAACCGUGGCUCAUCACCGCCGGCGCCGACGGAACCAUCGCUCUUUUUACCUAUUAA